UGCAGAAGAAGACAGGUUUUGACGUCAACGCGUAUGAGCAUGCCUUCCACGCCCGAACAUAAACAAAGGCAGGACGUUGCGCUGCAAUAAACUCUACUCUUCUGGUAUUUUAUAUGCUAACAGUACCGACAAAUUGGAAAGCGACUUAUUUUUUGGAGACAUGGAAAACACAUUAUUGAUGCGAGUGAGUGUAUUUACCGACCAAGGAGGCAGGAAAUACAUGGAAGACGUGACCGAGGUCAUAGUAGAGCCCGAGCCGGGAGAAGAUGAGCCGCCCUCGGGUGAGCUAGAGGAGAGCAAUGGGGGAAGCUGCACGGUCAAAUAUCUGGCAGCGGACACGCAUCCAGACCGGACUGGUGAAACCGUCGUGUCCCCGCAGGUUUCAGAUGCAUCGUGUGAAUCUGUGAAAACGGAAGACCAAGGUAUUUUAGUGAACAAGUCUUUAUCGGGAGGUCAGAGCCCGCCGCAAGCUCAGGAGAGUUAUGCGAGUCCUUCCCGCCGUUCCGUAGCGUUCUUCGCUGUGUUUGACGGGCACGGAGGUCGCGAAGCUGCGCAGUUCGCACGAGACUAUUUGUGGGAGUUCAUGAAAAAGCAGCGGGGUUUCUGGUCAGACUGUGACCGGGAGGUCUGCUCUGCUAUACGCAAAGGAUUUGUAGCCUGCCACCACGCUAUGUGGAAGAAGCUACAUGAAUGGCCAAAGACACUCACAGGCCUUCCCAGCACAUCGGGCACCACAGCCAGUGUAGUUUUUAUACGAGGAAAUCGCAUGUAUGUGGCCCAUGUUGGGGACUCGGCAGUGGUUCUAGGGAUCCAGGAUGACCCCUCAGUCCCAUUCAUCAGAGCUGUGGAAGUCACACAAGACCACAAACCUGAACUACCCAGAGAGAGGGAGCGUAUUGAAGGUCUGGGAGGGAGUGUUAUCAAGAAGUCUGGAGUGAACCGGGUGGUCUGGAAGAGGCCAAGGCUUAGUCACAACGGGCCGGUCCGUCGGAGCACUGUCAUUGACCAGAUACCGUUCUUGGCAGUAGCCCGAGCUCUAGGUGAUCUGUGGAGCUAUGACUUCUAUAGCGGAGAGUUUGUGGUUUCUCCAGAGCCAGACACUAGUGUGGUGAUCCUGGAUCCCAGAAAACACCACUACAUCAUUCUGGGCAGCGAUGGUCUGUGGAACAUGGUGCCACCUCAAGAGGCUAUCUCCAUGUGUCAGAACAACGAUGAGGCAAUGGCACCAUGUGGGGUAUCGAGUGCCCGGCAGCUUGUCAGCCAUGCUCUGCUGCGGUGGCGCCAGCGCAUGUUGCGUGCUGACAACACCAGUGCCAUUGUAAUCGCCCUGCAGGAGCCUGGGACCUCCCAGGACACGCUGCACCAUGAGGAGGUGCUGCUGGAUCUAGCCAAGGUGUCCCAGUGUCCUCCUACCUCAAUAUCCCGCGCUGACACUCCUCUGCUUCAGCAGCGGCCUCAAGAGGAAGACUCUCCCUCGGCCGUGUGUGAGCUUCUCCCUGCCUUGGAGCGACGGGACGGCCUAUCAGGAAGUAACAGCCUGUACCACAUGACUCUGUCUGACUCGUUCACCUUGACUCCACUGGGUCCUAACAGUAGUGCUGAGUCGCCCAGUCAGUCCAGUCCCACUGACAGGACAAUUGGCAGCAGGACACCCAACAGCAAAAGAACUAGUGACGGCUCAUCAUCAGGCCUGUCGGCUAAGAAGGCCAGACGCAGGACUGGCGACAGGCUGCCGCUGGUCCAACACAACGCAGAGAAAAAACAGAAAGAUUCCAAUAACGUCUCCCCUAUUCUCCAGAAGCAUAACAAGCCAACAGUGUGUGUGUGCUGAAACACACAAACAGACACAUCAACCUGCCGCCUCCCACCAUCAACCUUGUCUCCAGUGGCAUUUCUGUUCCUUAUGUUUGUCCUGCACAUUCUCUCAGUGCAAACCAGUCUUGCUGUAGAGGUUGUGGAAAGACCUUUCUCCGUGCUUAGCACCAGUAGAACAGUCUUUUAAAAACUUAAGGAGUGAUAUUUUUCACAAGCUCUUUUGUGUCUUGUUUCAAAAAUACUUUCAUGAAAUGCUGAUUUAAAUGUGUCCUAUGCCACCUCUUUCUUGUAACAGUUGUAAGAAAUAAGUAUGGCUAACAAGGCUGGUGUAAAUAUAAUGCGUUUUAUAGUUCAGUAUUGAGUAUGUCAAACUGUUCAUUUAAAACAAAUAUAUACUGUGUAUAUAUAUAUUUUUAAACCUUCUUUUACUUGUUUGAUGAUAAAACAAGAACAUUUAGAGAAGCUCCACCACAGCUUUCAUCUCCUUUUCACUCCAUAUAAUAUUGUGUGCAUACCCUAUUGUAAUGAUGUUUAUGUAUUUUUAUUCUUAUUUUAUUUAAGUACCGGAGAUUUGUCUUUAAUUUAAACGGAAGUUGCUGCUACAGUCACAGACCAGUAAGCUACUACAUUGUGUAUAUUGAUAUAUAAAUAUCUUAGUGUUAGCCGUAGCAUUUUUCUUCUUUGAGAGUAUGCAUGUCGCAUAACACAUCUGCCCCUUUUGAGGUUUCAAGUAAUGGAAGGUUUUUUAAAGUUUGAAUUGCACAUAGCUUCUCAAGGAAUAGAUCCACUCUGUUAUCAUCAUAUUACAAUGUUGUAAUUUGUAAUGACGCAUUACAGUUGAGACUUUUGGUGUAAUCUCUUCCCCUGGGCCAGCUUCACCCACUCAUACAUCAGGUAAUGAUUUUUUUCUAUAUUUCUGACAAUGCCGUUCAGGAGCCAUCUGCUGAAGCUUUAUCAGAAAGUGGUAUGUCUGCCUCUACACAAUGGAUUUUUUUCACUGAGUUUGCUACAUCCAGGCUUUAAAACAAAGACUUCCUUUAGUUCUGAGGAACCAAAAACAAAAACAACAAAAGCUGUUUACAAUCAAUGUUUUGCAGAUAUGUUGUGCUGCCAGACUUCCAUUGUGGCUGCAUUGGGUGUAUCGGUGAUUGAUACAUCCAGUGCUGAUCCGGUGAUCACAUUGUCUGUUUAACCAUACAUCUGUGAGAAAAAUACUACAUCCAAGCAUGUUGGUCUCUGGAGACGGGAUUGUCUCGAAUCAACAGUCCGUCCUGCACUUGAUUUAUCUUGUUUGCAAUGAGGCAAUAGCUGUUUUUUCCUCAAAGGUUUCUUUAGCAUUUCCAUAUAGACGCCACUGUCCCUCCAUGCUGCAGCUUUAGUUGUAUGGUGGUUACAGAUGUACUGUAUGCACAAGGCUCAUUUGUGAGUAAACACACAACGCAUGGACUUCCUCAGAGAAUAUUUUUGCACUAUUAUGGUGACCUUAUUAUAUUUGAUAAGAGUGUUUUGCUUCUUGAAAAUGAUGCAACUAGAAAUGAAUGACAUGAUUUGAGUCUCAUGGCAAAUGUAGGGUAUUUUGAGGUAACGUAAAAUAAUUUUAACUUAAAUUUUACAUAAGUAGAAGAGAAUCCUCAUUAAUCGGAGUAGAGUUUGCAAAACAUGGCUGUGUCCCACUGAUGGUUUUGUUACAAAACAGACAGUGUUUGAUUUAGAUGAGAAAUAUUCACUGCUUACACAAAUAUAACAGAUGUCUCAAUCGUUUUACAACCUUGUUACAUGAUGUAUUUUCAUUGAGCUAAGUGCAAUUUCUAACAAAAAUUUGUACCAUUAUGGAUAGGUU